AUGGUUACUCACCGGUUCGAAAAUUUUGUGGAGAGCUGUUGUAAGGCUUUAGCUUGUCUAGUUAUAGUUCACUCAGUUGAACAUUUGUAUCAAAGUUGGUCACCUGUAAGUUUGCAACAUAAUUUUGCGGAUUAUCUACUGACAAUCAUAAUAUGGAUCAUAUGCAUCUUCUUGCCUUACUCAUUUCAUUGCAAAGACAUAAAUUUAUACUUUAUGACACUUGAUCGGAAUUUAUGGGUUACAGUGGCUUGUGGACAAAGAGUUCUAAUUUCGAACAAACUUGGGGAGAAGCUUGUUGGUUUAUUACAUGAAGCAUGCUCGAAGGAACUUGUGAUACUUUGUCAUGGAUUCAGAGCUACAAAGGACGACAGUAUCUUGGUCGACCUUGCUGCUGCACUAGGAAGUGUUGGAGUUAAUGCUUUUCGGUUUGAUUUUGCUGGAAAUGGGGAAAGUGAGGGUCUAUUCCAAUAUGGGAACUACCGAAAAGAGGCAGAUGACUUGCGCUCUGUAGUAUCUUAUUUCUCAGAACAGAAGUAUGACAUAAUUGCCCUUGUUGGGCAUAGCAAAGGAGGAAAUGCUGUGCUUUUAUAUGCUUCCAUGUACCAUGAUGUUACUGUCAUUGUGAAUAUUUCUGGCCGCUUUGCUUUAGAGCAAGGUAUGGAAGGGCGGCUGGGGAAGAAUUUCCUGCAGAGGAUAAAGAAAGAUGGAUACAUAGACGUCAGAAAUAAAAAAGGGAAGUUUGAGUACCGGGUGACAGAAGAAAGUCUGCGAGAUCGUCUGAGUACUGACACCCUGCUAUCGAGCCGCUCCAUAAGCAAAGACUGCAGGGUUCUCACGGUUCACGGCUCUGAAGAUGAAACAGUCCCAGCGAGAGACGCCCUGAUGUUUGCUGCGCACAUCCCAAACCAUGACUUGCACAUAGUCGUGGGAGCCAACCAUCGGUACACAGGCCACGAGCAAGAGCUGACAUCACUUGUACUGGAUUUCAUCAAGCCCCGUCCUCGAAAAUCAUCGUCCUUGCGUCCGAAAUUGUGA